AUGGGACCAUUCCUGUCCUCCUAUGGAAAUCAGUACAUUCUAGUGGCGGUAGUCUAUGUCGCCAAGUGGGUGGAAGCGAUGGCGAGUCCCACUAACGACUCGAAGGUGGUGACAAAAAUGUUCAAGAGGGUGAUCUUUCCUAGGUUCGGGAUGCCAAGGGUCGUGAUCAGCGAUGGAGGAUCUCACUUCAUCAACCGCACCAUCAAAGCUCUUUUGAAGAAGUAUGGUGUGAGGCAUAAGGUAGCUACCCCGUAUCAUCCUCAAAUGAGCGGGAUAGCGUUCAAGACACCCAUCGGUAUGUCUCCCUUCCAACUUGUUUAUGGGAAAACUUGCCACCUUCAAUUUGAGCUUGAGUACAAAGCUCUUUGGGCGAUCAAGAAGCUGAAUUUUGAUUGGAAAUCGGCCGCGGAGAAGCGGAUGUUAGAGCUUCAUGAGCUUGAUGAGAUUCGGACGGAUGCGUAUGAGAAUGCCCGAGUCUACAAGGAGAGGACGAAGAAGUGGCAUGAUCGCCGUGUAUUGCAGAGAGUAUUUAGAGAUGGUGACCAAGUGUUCCUCUUCAAUUCUAGAUUUAAGCUCUUUCCGGGAAAGUUAAAAUCGCGUUGGUCGGGACCAUUCACAAUCAAGAAGGUUUAUUCCCAUGGAGCGGUAGAGUUAUACGGUCAUGGAGGAACCACAUUUAAGGUGAAUGCUCAAAGGUUAAAGGUCUAUAACCCUGGAGAACGAGACAUGGGGAGAGGCACAUUGCGCCUCUCCGAUCCAGUUGAGGAGUAG